AUGUCGUUAUUCUGCGCAACUAUGAUCUUGGAGAAUACUGAUAAAGCUGUGACUGUGCCUGUGCCUGUGCCAGUGCCGUCGGGCUUGGAUAGAGAUGGGGAUGAGGAUGGGGAUGGGGAUGGCUUGCCCCAUAGUAGUCCAGAUAUUGCAGUCGCAACUAGUGUUGCCGUUGCGCUCUUUGCACGGGAGCACAACCUCAUUUUCAGACCACCUUCAUGCACGAUAUUGGAGCCGCGGGCCGUUAGGUUCCGGAUAUCUCGAAAAGUCCCGGUAGAUGUUGAGAUACCCCUCGCUGUCCCGCUCCACCUCCACCUCCCCCUCCACAUCUUCAAUGCCAAAAUAUCCAUUUCCCUCUUCGUUCUUUGCCCCUCUUCAAUCCAAUCAGUAUGUGGAACGGGUGUAGACGACUACUGCCUUGAUAGUUCUAGGCGACCGGCACAGAGCGGGUUCCCGAACGGCUUGAUAUUUGA